AAUCAGUUUCCCCUCAGUGGCAUGUUGGAGCAAAAUCAGGAGGUGAAGAAACCUGCUCAGUUCAUAUUGCAGAGGGUGGAGAGGGAGAGCUGGCAACCAGACGAAGACUGAGGAGAAAAGAAAAAGCUGAAGACGAGAAAGUGGGCUGUGGAGAGCCGGCAGAGCAGAGCGACGGCGGGAGCGACUGUGGGCGUGGAGAGAGAGGAAGUGUGGUCGACAGGAGAGGAAUUUAAAGCCCCAUUGUUCUGGAAGAGCAGAGGCAGAGAGAGAGAGCGAGCUGAGGAUCAGAAGAGUCGAACCGUGGACAGACGCUGAACAACAUGGACUCAGCCAUGACAAAGAUGUCUAUAAAGCAGAGUGCAGGAGGUGCAGGAGGAGGAGGAGGUGUAGCAGCGGUGUGUCUCACAUGUAAAGGGAGCUGCUCUGGAUUUCAGCCACAUUCUUGGAGGAAAGCCUGUAUCACCUGCGGCUGCAGCACAGUCGACCACACUCCUGGAAGUGACCUUGAGGAUGACCAGCGGAUGGGACGCCUGCUUGCAGAUUCACCCUGCUCCCAUUUGACGGCAAAGGUUAAAGGAGGCGGCGGCCUCCGCAUGUACAAGAGGAACCGUAUGAUCGUGACAAAUCCAGUGGUGUCACGCAAAGAUCCGACCUUCAACACCACGACAUAUGACUGGGCACCGGCUGGCCUCAACCAGAAACUGGCCAUGCAGUACAUGGAGCUCAUCCCUGAGAGUCAACGUCCAGUCUCGGGGACGGAAGGAGCAUUGGAGCGACGCAGGCAGCUCCUCACCCAACUCCCUGUCUAUGACCAGGACCCCAUGAAAUGUCAGAGUCUGGCCAGUGAGGAGGAGAUCACCUCUAUGCUGCUGUUUGUGAAGCAAUACAAACAGGAGGUGCUGGGAGUCGGGGAGGUGGCCUUACCUGGCGAGGGCGGAGCUCUGAGGGAAGCAGCCAUUCAGAGGACAGCAAAGGAAGCUAAGGAUCGCAGCAACAGCGACAAGAAAGAUGCUCUGGAGCAGCAGGACCACAGCUCGACCAACAGCAGCACUUCCUCCGCUACUGGUUCCACUAACGGCACAGAUGAUGGCACCAAGACUGAAUAUCGGUGUGCUGGUUGCCACGGUGAGGUUGCCAAGGAGAGUCCAGCUGUUUAUGCUGAACGUACAGGUUACCAUAGCGCCCUGUGGCAUCCCACCUGCUUCAUAUGUUCAGAGUGCAGCCAGGGAUUGGUGGACCUGGUCUACUUCUGGUCCAAUCAGAAGCUGCUCUGCGGGCGACACUACUGUCAGACGGUUUGGCCGCGAUGCUCAGGCUGUGAUGAGUUGAUCUUCUGCCAGUCUUUUCAUACAGCGAAAGACGGACAGACAUGGCAUCAUCAUCAUUACUGCUGCUGGAAGUGCGGACAAAGCCUGGAAACACCCUGUCAGCACUGAAACACACAACAUAGGUUUCAACACAACACAGUGAUCAGUUUUAAGAAGUUUUAGCACUGCUCAAAAUAACAGACAAGACAAAAAAAUAUUAAUACAGUAAAUCAUAUUAAUAUGGACUGCGGUCUUGUUUUACGUAAAACAAACGAAAUCAGUAGUGAAUAAAUAACACAGAAUAAGUAGACAAGAUGUCCAGUUGAUGUAUUUGUGUUUAAAAUACUUAAGACAUUUAGCUGAUGGUGAAGUACUCAAAGACUUGUUCAGCUGAGCCUUCUGGUGUUCCAAGUGCUUAAGGACAUUUUUAGUUGACAUUAAAGUGUUUAAAGUACUUAGAGAAACAGUUUGUUGAUUUAUUAGCACUUAAAGUUCUGACAGUGACGGGAGCCAGAUGGUUAUAGCUUGGACUGUUUCAGACACAACCAGCAGCUCACAGCCCGAAUGAUCCGACCUGACGUCUUAGGAAACAAAUGAGCAGAUAAACAAAUAUGAUGGUCACAUAAAUAAAUAACGUUACUAAAAAUAAAUGAUUAAGGAAAUUCAGAAAUGAUCAUUUGAAAUUGCUUUUCAUUCCUAAAAUGUCAGGUUUGGAUCUGCGCAGAGUUGUUUUUAACUUUAUUUCAGGCAGAAAUAAUCUCAUUGUUUAACUUAAAUCUCAAAGAACUGGACAGGUGGAAGGCUGGAAAAGGCAAAUCACUAAUUAGUAAUUAAUAGUACUGCUUUUUAUUACCCCCCACUGAAGGUGGGUUGUGUUUGUACUAAUUUUACCAUUGAUUUUACUACACAUUAAUAUGUCUUUAUUGUCUUCUUCUUCUUUAUGUUCUGAAUGAUGUGUUAUUUCAGACUCAUUUUGCUUUUAACCUCUGUCCUGAACGUUUAUCUGUGCUGCUCCUGAAUGCUGCUUUAUGCUAGUUAUAUUCCUGAUAAAGUUUUGUAUUUUGCUAACAAAGGUUAAAAAAAAAAAAAAAAGAAGUUGAGGAGAAAACUGUGGGGGAAGCAAAAGUUUCUGGCAGCAAAAAUCCAUAAAAACAUUUUAGUCAGAAAUAACAUCCUCCCUAGACCGAAGCUAAUUCGCUUAAUUUUUGUUUCAUUAAAAAGAAUUCAUCAGUACAAUCAGGUAACAUAAUAUCAGAUAAUAUUUGCUCUGUAUUUCUAAUCUUUUACCUACUUUCUGAAUGGAUUGCUGCUAGCUAAAUGCUAACUGUUUAUCAGCAAGGAUACUGUUUGACGUGAUUAGCUAAAUAUGUAGCAUGUAGACAAUACUGUUCAAUAUACUGUAUUAUCUGUAGCAAACAAGAUCACAUAGAGUAGAGUAAUAUCAAAUUGAAAAUUGAUUGCAGUUUCAUCCCUGUAUAUCCAGUAUGAAGUGAUUAGUGAUUGAUACAAGGGGGGAACUGCUAUCCUAGCCUAGCCUAGCCUAGCCUAGCCCAGCUUAGCCUUGGCUAAUCUAGCCUAGCUCAGUCAAUUAUGAAAUGUUGGCUACACAGAGGGAUGAGAGAUGAAUCUUUCUCUGGGUGAGAUGGUGAACAAGGAUUUCUCAUAAUCCGCUCUGUGAAGGAAAUUAUUUUUUGUUAUAAUGUGCAGAAUUAAAAAAUAAAGACCAGAAACUGUCAGAUCACCAUGUAGCACCUUACUUUUUAAAUCUCAAAGUUUAAUACAAAGUUAAAAACUCAGAGUUAACACAGUUCACAAUUAGGAAUUCCCACUUAAUAAAUACUACACUGUGUGCUAUUAACAGUAAACAGCACUGGGCACAAAUUUGCCACGUUCAAUUCAUAUGGGAUGGGUUGGAAUUUCCCAUGUAAACAACUUGUGAGUGUUUACACCAUCAAGAUGGUUGUAAACACAGCUGGUUGUGUGGGGAUUACAGCACUGUGCACUGACAAUAUAACACCAUAUCCAGUUAAAUUUGGGUUUAAUUACACUGAACAACAGCUUUUGACUGUCGGGCAGCAUCCUGAUUGGUUUGGUUUUCAGGCACUAAUGUGUUAAAUCAGCUAUUUUGGAGUUUCCCAGUUGUACUUGGAUGCUGAUGUGAACGUUAUUUACAAAUGGGAAUCUCAUAAAUACAAUAACUCUGGCAGGACAUGAACGCAGCAGUGCCCACAGAUAAAUAAAACAACACUACAAAAUGAUGAAUAACUUUUUCCACUGUGAUAGUGAAUGGUGCAGCCUAAAGCGAUGAUGUCCUCACACCAGGUUAUGUUUGAAUCUCGUGUUUCGGCAUCAAAAUCGGGGUGUAAGGAAAAUUUUCUGCUGAUCAAGUUUUCACAGCUGAUUGGUUGAGAAUAAAAAUGACUGAUGAUUGAA